AUGCCGACGACGGAGUUCAAGUACGCAUGGCUCUCGCAAAUGGACCCGGUGUGGGAGCCCAUCCAGGCAGAAUGCGACGCACGAUUCCGCAUCUUCUGGGACCUCCCGCCCGAGCAGUACCAAGAGGCGUGGAAGUCGGCCCCCCUGGUCAUGCCGGAGGGUACUCCGAUGGACCUGGAGGUUACAUUCACGACGAUCCCGCUCCGCGAUGGCUACGAGGCAGAGCUCAAGAUCUAUAGGAACGUGGAGAGACUCAAGGCCAUGAGCGGUGGCAGCUAUGAGGGAGAAGGGGAGAAGCAGAAGAGCGCUGCUGCUGGGGCGCCGCUGAUGCUCGUCGCGCACGGUGGCGGUUGGAUGAUGGGCGAUCACGCUGUCGAGGAGGGUGUGUGUCGAUACACGGCUAAGGAGACCGGGGCUGUGGUGGUCAGUGUGAACUACAGGCUAGCUCCCAAGUACCGCUUCCCGCAGGGUUUGAACGACUACUACGAUGCAUUCAAAUGGUGCAAAGCCAACGCCUCUACCCUGGGGAUUAAUCCCUCCAUGAUCAUCACCUGCGGUAGCUCCGCGGGUGGCAACCUCGCUGCCGUGCUCCCGAUCAUGGCGCGGGACCAGAACGAAGGCGGUAUCAUCGGGCAGCUGCUCAACAGCCCGGUUCUGUGCCAUCCAAAAUACUUCCCCAGGGACAAAGGUUACGAAUACAACAGUUUCCAACAGAACAAGAACUCAUCGAUCUUGGGGGAGCAGAACAUGCUGAACUGUUGGGCCGAGUACUACCCCAAUACGGGGCCCGAUGUCUAUGCAAAUCCACUGCUGGUAGACUCGGUGAAGGGCCUGCCCCCUGCAUUGAUUCAAAUAAGCGGCCUGGAUCCGCUCCGGGACGAAGAAUUUGCAUACGCCGACAGGCUAAGAGAAGCAGGCAUUCCGGUCGACAUAGAAGUCUUUCCCGGCCUUCCACAUGGAUUCUACACAUUUCCACAGUUGGAAGCCACAACUAAAUACUUCAAAAAGUCUGCGGCUUGGGUCAAGAAGCUUCUGGCAUCUAAAGGAUGGGAUGCUUAA